GGUCAGACGUCGUUGGCGCCGGCUUGGCCGCCCGCCAUCUUGGCCCCUGUGUGGAGAGCGGCUGUGUGAGGCGCGGCGUCGCGGCGCCGGGAGCGGCAGCGGCCUCGCCGAGUCCGGGAGCCUCCGGGGAGGCCGGAGCGCCGGCCCGCCGCCCUGCGCGCCAGGCAAAUUUUAAGGGGUGAGCAGGAGGUACCAGACUCGAUGAGUUUCCAUCGAAAUGUCGGAAAAGUCAGGCCAGAGUACAAAAGCAAAGGAUGGAAAAACGAAGUAUGCCACACUCAGUCUGUUUAAUACUUACAAAGGAAAGUCACUGGAAACUCAGAAAACCACAGUUGCCGCACGCCAUGGAUUACAGAGUCUUGGAAAAGUUGCUAUUUCAAGGAGGAUGCCUCCCCCAGCUAACCUCCCCAGUCUCAAAGCAGAGAACAAAGGCAAUGACCCUAAUGUGAACAUCGUGCCUAAAGACGGCACAGGAUGGGCUUCAAAACAAGAACAGCACGAAGAAGAAAAACAGCCAGACGUGCCGCAGACACAGCCAAAACCUGCUGUUCCAGCUCCUCCAGAAGCAGCUCCUGUUGCCAAAUCAUGGGCCAACACCAAACCAGGUGGACAAGAUGGUCCAGCUAUUCCAGUAAAUAGUUAUUUCCAGCAAGAGUUUCCCAGUCUGCCGGCAGCUGGGGAUCAGGACAAGUCAGGCAAAGAGAAAGAUUCGCCUGAAGAGCUCCAUGGAUCAGGACCCAACUUGCGACCACAAAAUGCUACUAGCUGGAGAGACGGUGGUAAUAAAAGCAACUCUCCCAAUUCUCCAACUGAUCAAGAAGCUAAGACUCUUGGGCAGGAAGAUGGUAAUGCUACACCAGCAGAACAAAAUGACAGCCAGAAGGUACCCGAGAAGAGGGAUGUGCGGUUACCACAGGUCCCUCAGCCCAAGCUGAAUGGCCAGCAGCAACCACCUAUCUCAUCUCAGUACAGGGCAAUGAUGCCACCUUAUAUGUUUAAUCAGUACCCUAGAAUGGCAUAUCCUCCUUCCAUGCAAGGUCCAACAAGGUUUCCCAAUUCUGAGCCUAGCAGAGGACCAAGGGGAAGAGGACCACCUUCAUGGUGUUCAGAACCUAUUGAGCGCCCAUCCAUUCUUAGUGCUAGUGAACUUAAAGAACUUGAUAAAUUUGAUAAUCUAGAUGCUGAGGCUGAUGAAGGCUGGGCAGGUGCUCAGAGUGAAGUGGAUUACACGGAGCAGUUGAAUUUCAGUGAUGAUGAUGAGCAAGGAAGUAGUCAAAAAGAGAAGGAAAGUGGUGAUGAACAAACACCAUCAAAAGAUUCCCAGAGUCCUGAUGGCCAGAAGGAAGCAGAAGAACAGACAAGUGCUAAGUCUGCCACCACGGUUUCCACAGCAGCAGCCAAAGGAUCUUACGGCAAAAGCUCUCAACUUGAUCAGGAUCGGGGUCCACAGCCUUCUAUACAUGAAAGAGGUGGUCCAGCUCUUCAUCCCAAAUCUAUUUUGCCACCGCACCCUCCUCCUCCUGAUCGCCAGUUAGGACCUGGAAGGCAGGGUCCCUUUCCCCCUAAACCAGUACCAGAUGAAGAUGAAAUUUGGAAACAGAGGAGAAGACAGCAGUCAGAGAUAUCAGCUGCAGUUGAGCGAGCCCGUAAGCGUCGAGAAGAGGAAGAAAGAAGAAUGGAAGAACAGCGAAAAGCAGCUUGUGCCGAAAAGCUAAAACGGUUAAAUGAAAAAUUCGGCUGUGUGACAAAACCCUCCCGGGAAGACCCUCUGAAAGAGCGUGAGAGGGAAAGGGAGAGAGAGAGGGAGAGGGAAAGGGAGAGAGAAAGGGAGCGGGAGAGGGAAAAGGAGAGGGAGCGGGAGAGGGAGCGAGAAAGAGAAAAAGAGAAGGAGAGGGAGAAAGAAAAGGAAAAAGAGAGGGAAAGGGAGAAGGAAAAAGAAGAAAAAGAAAAACUUGAGAAGGCAAAAGAGCAAGAAAGGGAGAAAGAGAAAGAAAAAGAGAUGGAAAAAGAAGAGAAGGAGAUUGAGAAAGAGAAGGAAGAGGAGAAACCAGCACAUGAGGUUCCUGAGCCUGUAGAACCUGUGGCAACACCUGUAGUAGAAAAACAAGAAACAGAAACCAGGAAUAACAAGGAAGAAAAAGAAGAUCAAGCACUCUUUACCCGACAAGAUAGUGGUCGGAAUGAGAAAGAGAUUUCACAGGUCACUCAUGAGAGUGAGCCAGAUUCAGGAUCUCAGCCUCGUCCUGCUGUUUCCUCGGGCUAUUCUAAACAGUUCCAGAAAUCAUUACCACCAAGAUUUCAGAGGCAGCAGGAGCAAAUGAAACAGCAGCAGUGGCAGCAACAGCAGCAAGGUGUCCUUCCACAGUCUGCUCCCUCACAGCCUUCUAGUGGCCCUGUCCCGCCUCCCCAGCAUAGGCCCCUUUACCAGCCCAUGCAGCCACAUCCUCAGCAUUUAGCUUCGAUGGGCUUUGAUCCACGGUGGCUUAUGAUGCAGUCUUACAUGGACCCACGAAUGAUGUCAGGAAGACCUGCAAUGGAUAUGCCUCCUAUUCAUCCAGGAAUUAUGCCUCCCAAACCACUGAUAAGAAGAGACCAGAUGGAGGGAUCAGCAGCUAGUUCAGAUUCAUUUGAACAUAUAGCUCGCUCAGCAAGAGAGCACACUGUUCCGUUGUCGGAGCCCCGCAUGAUGUGGGGGUCAGACCCGUACCCCCAUGCAGAACCUCAGCAAUCUAGUUCUCCUCCCAAAGUGUUAGAAGAGCCUGACGAUUUGAGGUCUGAGGCACACUUGGAGCAAGAACGAGUUGCUGUCCCUGCUGCUGCUUAUCCUGUAGAACACAACCAGUUGGACUCUCAUCCAAAGACAGACUUUUUCAGAGAAUCAGGAGAGGUAGAGGUACAAAAAUUCCCAAGCAGGCCUUUGGAAGAUGUACAACCUCUCCAAACUGACACACCUAACACGGCAGUUAAUUUUGAAGGAGUGAAUGAGAAAGUUACCCGUAGCUCCCCGGAAGAAUUGGUGCCUGCGGGGGAAAGUCAUCCUUCGCUAAAGAGGAGCAUUUCCCAUGGUUCAAGUCACUCUCUAAAAUCAGAAGACCAGAGGAACGAGACAGCAGCAAAUAUCCCUAAAUUAAAUAACAGGCCUGUUGAGACAAAGGAGACAAUUGAGAGACUUGAGAUUAAGCCAAAAAAAGAAAUUUUGAUCAAUAAUAGAGUGUCAGAAGGACCAAAACCUGAAAAAACUUUCAAACCGAAGUCUGAAACAAGAUGGGGUCCUAGGCCAGGUUAUGGCAGGAGAGAUGAAGGCAGUGAUAGACCAGUGAGAAGAUCAGGUCCUAUUAAAAAGCCUGUGCUUAGGGAUAUGAAGGAAGAGCGUGAACAGAGAGAAGAGCGUGAGCAGAGGAAAGAGAAAGAAGGAGAAAAGACAUCUAGUGAAAAACCUAGCAAGUCUGAAAAAAGUGACAAAAAGGAAGCACCUCAAGUGCCACUGCCUCAGGCUGAGCCAGAGACACCUGCCUCCAGCGGCGCUCCUCUGGCUAAGAAGAUAACCCAGGAUGCUGCUCCGACACCAGCAAGCCAGGAGAGCAGUCAAACCGAGACUGCAGCUAAAGCUCCGGUUCAGCCACCGACACCUCCUGUCCAGCAGCAGCUACCGGCUGCCCAGCCUGCUGCUCCACAGCUUCCCCCUGCAGUACAGCAGCAGCCACCUGCUCAACCGGCAGCACAACUGCAGCCACACGUUCAGCAGCCAGCUACUGCAGUGAAGGAGGAAAAGCAGGCUGAGAAGGCUGUUAGCAAGGAGGUGGUAGAGAAACCACGCUUAGAAACCAGACCAGUGAAAAGAGAGCCUGGCUUACCACCUAGGACAUACUGGAAAGAGGCUAGGGAUAGGGACUGGUUCCCAGAUCAGGGAUACAGAGGCAGAGGUCGUGGGGAGUAUUAUUCGAGAGGUCGUAGCUACAGGGGUUCUUACGGAGGACGUGGUCGGGGCAGUAGAGGCCAUAAUAGAGAUUACCCACACUACAGAGAUCCUAAGCCUAGAUCAGACCAUGUGCCUUCGGGGCCUGUUAGGCAAAGAGAAGAGAGCGAAACUCGUAGUGAGAGUUCUGACUUUGAAGUAAUCCCAAAACGACGCCGACAGCAUGGUUCAGAGACGGAUUCUGACAGUGAAGUUCAUGAAAGUGCAAGUGAUACGCUUCUUUCAGACAAAGACAGCCUAAUCAAAGGCAAGCACCCAAAAAGAGAAGAGAGAACUGAUGGCAAGAAGCCUCCAAAGCCUCUGUCGUUCAAACCUGAAAACAAUAUCAGAGUAGACAACAGAUCCCUAGAAAAAACCUACAUAAGAGAUGAUGAGAACAAACCCAAACCAGGAUUUCUUCCUAAAGGAGAGCCUUCUAGACGAGGCAGAGGGGGAAUGUAUAGACGUGGUGGCAGGGAACCUGGUGGGCGUCCUCCACGUCCAUCCACAAUAAGGAGACCAGCCUACAGAGACAAUCAGUGGAAUCCUAGGCAAACAGAGAUCAUUAAACCAGAAGACGGGGAGCCUCCAAGAAGAAAUGAACACUAUGGUCCUAUACCAGUUGAUAAAAGACCUCCAAAAUUUGAGAGAAAGUUUGAUCCAAAUAGAGAGAGGCCCCGAAGACAAAGGCCUGCUCGGCCUCCAAGGCAAGAUAAGCCACCACGCUUUAGGCGCCUAAAAGAGAGAGAGGCCGCAUCAAAGAUAAACGAGGCGGUAACCAGCUCAUCGACAAGUGCCACAGUUAGUAAUGCAGUUAAUGAGCCCUCCAACACUGCUCUGGAUGUGUCGGGAAGUAAGACACCAGACUUGUCUAACCAGAAUUCUUCAGACCAGGCGAAUGAAGAGUGGGAAACAGCCUCGGAAAGCAGCGACUUCAAUGAGAGGCGGGAGAGGGAUGAGAAGAAAACAGCAGAUGUAGCAGCACAGGUGGCUGCAAAGGCAGGAGAAAACGCUGGAGCUCCAAAAAGGGAAAUAGCCAAGAGAAGUUUCUCUAGUCAGCGGCCUGGAAUAGACCGUCAAAAUCGACGUGGCAACAAUGGGCCAGCUAAACCGGGGAGGAACUUCUCAGGGCCUAGGAGUGAAAGGCGGAGUGGUCCUCCACCCAGAAGUGGAAAAAGAGGGCCAUUUGAAGAGCAGACAACGACUGUGCCUGGUGUUGAUCCCACCAACAGCAACUCUUUACAUCAGGAGGACGGAGGUGUUACUGCUGCAGGACAAAAGAGCGCCAAGGAUGCAAGUGGCAAAAAGAGAGAAGAACCUAAGGCUGGUCCAAAGAAGCCGAAGGAAAAAGUGGAUGCCUUGUCUCAAUUUGAUCUUAAUAAUUACGCAAGUGUUGUGAUCAUUGAUGAUCACCCUGAAGUGACAGUAGUUGAAGACUCCCAAUCUAACUUGAAUGAUGAUGGUUUCACAGAAGUGGUGUCUAAGAAGCAACAAAAACGCUUGCAAGAUGAAGAGCGCCGAAAGAAGGAGGAACAAACAGUGCAGGUUUGGACCAAAAAAGGAUCAAGCGAAAAAGGCCGAGGUCAGAAUUCCAAGCUCCCACCCAGAUUUGCCAAAAAGCAGCAGCAACAGGCAGCAGCCGCAGCUGCGCAGCAGGCACAAGCUCAGGCACAGCCUCCUUGUACAGCACAGACCCCAGCUCAGCCACAGGCUCCUGUUCAGACGCAAAACCAGGCUGCAGGAGGGACAGCCAGCCCAGAAUACGCGGUGUCAGGCAAAGUUCUGCAAAACACCCAGGCUCACAAUGGCCUGGGAACUGAAUUAUGGGAAAACAAGGUGCCUCCUACAGCAGUUCUAAAUGACAUCUCCAAAAAAUUGGGACCCAUUAGCCCACCUCAGCCACCUUCGGUCAGUGCUUGGAACAAGCCUUUGACAUCUUUUGGUUCAGCUACAUCUCCAGAGGGGACAAAGCCUGGGCAAGAAGGUGGAGUCGAUCUUGGUAUAGAAACUAUUCAGUUUGGAGCCCCAGCUUCCAGUGGCAGUGACAAUGAAGUUGGCCCUGUACUUUCUGAGAAGUCCACUGACAAGCUACCAGAACCAAAAGAGCAAAGACAGAAACAGCCUCGGGCUGGACCCAUCAAAGCACAAAAGCUUCCAGACCUGAGUCCGGUAGAAAACAAAGAGUAUAAACCUGGUCCUAUUGGGAAAGAGCGUUCUUUAAAGAACAGGAAGGUGAAGGAUGCCCAACAGGGAGAGCCUGAGGGACAGGAGAAGCCAUCUCCCACCUCUGUCAGAAGUCCAGAACCUGUCACUACAAAGGAAACCAAAGCAGCAAGUGAACUGAGCACGGAAAUAGGAACCAUGAUAGCUGUGUCUGCUCCUGAGUUUGGAACAAACACAAAGGAGUCUGUAACAGACUACACUACACCUUCUUCUCAUCCUAACACAGUGGCCACUAGCAGUACAAAAAUGGAGGAGACUUUGGUGACGAACGUGCCCCUGCCCCACACCCUUCCCCUCCCUAGGAGGGAGACUCUACAACAGAGCUCCAGCCUAACUCCAGUUUCUCCCGCUACCGUCGACCUCACCCUCAAGAUGGAGUCUGCACGCAAAGCAUGGGAGAAUUCCCCAAACAUGGGGGAGAAGAGUUCACCAGUGACCUCAGCAGCAUCUCCCAUUGCUGGUGGCAGCGGCAGUAGCAGCAGCAGCAGCAACACUGGGCCAAGCAGUGGUACUUACAGCUCUUUCUCUAGUGCUUCAAUGCCUCCUAUUCCUGUGGCCUCAGUUACACCGACAACUUCGCUAUCAGGAGCUGGAACAUACACAACCUCUUCACUGAGUACGAAGACUGCAAGCACCUCAGACCCUCCUAACAUAUGUAAAGUGAAACCACAGCAGUUGCAGACGAGCAGCCUGGCUUCUGCCAGUCACUUUUCCCAGAUGAGCUGCAUGCCAUCCCUCAUUGCCCAGCAACAGCAAAGUCCCCAGGUCUAUGUGUCUCAGUCUGCAGCAGCUCAGAUCCCAGCAUUUUACAUGGAUACAAGUCAUCUGUUCAAUACCCAACAUGCACGUUUGGCACCACCUUCUCUGGCCCAACAGCAAGGCUUUCAACCAGGGCUUUCUCAGCCUGCUUCAGUUCAGCAGAUCCCCAUCCCCAUCUAUGCACCUCUGCAAGGACAGCAUCAAGCCCAGCUGAGUUUAGGAGCAGCACCAGCAGUUUCACAAGCCCAAGAGUUGUUCAACUCCUCCUUACAACCUUAUAGAUCCCAGCAAGCUUUUAUGCAAAGUGGUUUGUCUCAGCCAUCACCAGUAGUUCUGUCUGGCACAGCCUUACACAACUUCCCAGCAGUACAACACCAGGAGCUUGCUAAGGCACAGUCAAGCCUGGCGUUUCAGCAGACUUCUAAUACACAGCCUAUUCCUAUCUUAUACGAACAUCAACUUAGUCAAGCUUCAGGACUGGGAGGCUCUCAGCUUAUUGAUACACACAUUCUCCAGGCCAGAGCUACGCUCACCCAGGCUUCAAAUCUGUACUCUGGACAAGUUCAACAGCCUGGCCAGAGCAAUUUCUACAACACUGCCCAGUCUCCCAGUGCUCUCCAGCAGGUGACGGUACCUUUGCCAGGAUCACAAAUUUCUCUGCCCAACUUUGGAUCCACAGCACAGCCACUUAUUGCCCUACCCCAAUCUUUGCAACCACCACUACAGCACACACCACCACAAGCGCAGGCUCAAAAUCUAAGCAGGCCUGCACAAGUAACCCAGCCUUUCAGAGGAUUAAUCCCAGCAGGAACUCAACACAGCAUGAUUGCUGCAACUGGAAAGAUAUCAGAAAUGGACCUGAAGGCCUUUGGAGGCGGCAUUGAUGUCAAACCUGGAACACCACCAGUUACUGGUAGAAGUACUACUCCAACCUCCAGUCCCUUCCGGGCCAGUUCUACAAGUCCUAACAAUCAGUCCAAUAAAAUGAACAGCAUUGUCUACCAGAAGCAGUUUCAGUCAGCAUCUGCUGCUGUGAGGAUGACACAGCCGUUUCCUGCACAGUUUGCACCACAGAUCCUCUCUCAGCCUAACCCGCUCCCUCCAUUGGUAAGAGCCCCAUAUACUAACACCUUCCCAGCGCCUGUUCAGAGGCUGCCAAUAGUACUGCAUAGUCAGAUGCCGCCUCAGAUGACCACAGGCCUUAUGAGCCACCCUCACUUACCGCAUGUGGCCAGAGGUCUUUGUGGAUCAGUACCUGGAGCCAGAGGCAAUCAGGCCCAGGCAGCGAUGAAGGUUGAACGAGAAAAAAAGGCAAAGCAGAGAGCAGAGGUACUUCAGUCCACCCAGAGAUUCUUUUCUGAGCAGCAGCAGCAGCAGAGCAAACCCAUAGGAGGCAAAGCGCAGAAAGUGGAGGAGAACGGGAGCAAACCCGCCGAGGCGAUUGCUGACUCUUCGGGAGUCUGCCAGGACAAAACUGAGGAAAAGCCUACCCCUGCGCCUGCCACCGCAACAAAACCUGUUAGAACUGGACCAAUCAAACCUCAGGCAAUCAAAACCGAAGAAACAAAAUCUUAAAGGCUGCGUUUCCGUGGAGGUGGGGGAAGGAGGGGAGGGCGGGUGAGAUUUACAGCAGCAUGAAUUUGUAGCCCGAAGGACAAGACGCAACGGUCUUCUCUCCCUGCGGGGCUCAGCGUAAAGGGACACGGAAGCUAUCAGCAGUUAGGGAUGCGAACUGCUGCGUAUCCAGCUGAGCUUCUAGGCUCUUUGGGCUUCUAUCUUCUCUAACAGCAUGAAGGCUGCUUUUGGUGUGUGCACGUUCUACGCGUGUGCGCGUGUUGUGGCUUGCACACCUGUAUGCUUCUCCAAGUGGGGAAAAAAUAAAUUGAGAAAUAGCAAUGCCGGGGAAGAAGGUGGUCGGGGAGGGAUGUUCCUAGCUGACAAGACGAAUACUCUUAUUUUCUUCAGGCUCUGAUCUUCAGCUGCUAUUUAUCUUUUUAUAAACCCAUGAGUAUGAGAACGUGCAGAUCUGAAGCUGGUGCUGGGCCAAGUAAUGUGUGUUAAGUUUUUAGUGACUUAAGAAGCUUCUAUCUUGUAAUAAGCCGAGGGAUUCGUGUAGCUGGCAAAAUUACCUUUGCUGUGUGACACCUAACCUAACGCGGCACAGAGAGUAACGCCGAUGAUGAUGAAUUUCCCUCUGAAGGCAGUGCUUUUGCUGGCUGCUGCUUUUUGGGUGACGACAUACUGUAUUUAGAUCACCGUCUGAAAACGCUACUUGGCCACCCGUGUUCUCUGCACCCGCUCCCCCCUCAGCCGUUCACCUCAGGAGUUGAAAGGUUCGUUGCAUCAAUAGUCGAAAUUUGUUCCGUUCACCUCUGUCCCGCUAUCUUUAUAUGAUGCCGAGUGAUCUUUAAACGGUUUCCAGCUUAUGUCUGUAUACAGCAACGAGCACUUAGAACCGUGCCACGAGAAUAAAAGAAACCUUACUGGAUUAAAGAGAGUUUUAUCUCAAAAGGUGCAUUCUUUAUAUCAGAGCUGCGUCGCACCACCUCCUUGCCCACAGUGUGCUGGAAAGUAGAAUCAAGUCAAAUAAAUGCCUUUUUAAUUGUAUCCUCUAGUAUUAUAGCUGUAGGACAGUACUGUAUGAUACUUCUGUGAAUGUAAGAUAUCCUGUACCUGCUUAUGAUAUGUAGUAGUGACUGUGCUAUACUGGAGCUGUUUUUAAUAAUGUUAUUCUAGAGGUUUUUUUCCAGACAAUGAUUGAAAAAAGCUAAUAAAAAGCACCAGGUACCACAUCA